UUCAACUAGACGUGUACGAGCGAUCAAUCAAUCAACCAAUGUGUGAUGCUGAACGGCGAGAUGGGCGACGGUUGGGAGAGACACCCCGCGGGGGUUGAUGUACGAGAUGGCUGUGGUUCCGUCCAGAACGCGGACGAGCGGCGAUUGGGGAGACAGCACGAUCGUGGAGAGAAACGUCAAUGAGAUGAUAUCUAAUAUGACCAAUUGCCCUCCGAUUCUAUCCCAUCCCCGUCAUCCGGCCAGUGAUUAUGACCCCGGAACCGCCCAUCGACGCUUGCGGAGAACAACCCUCCCAGCCGGCAUGGGGUCUAUGUUUUAUUAAGCAACCCAUCUUUCUCCUCUCCCGUCUUUUCUUUUCUUCUUUGAUUUCUUAUUGUUUCGGUACGGGAUAUGCCGUGGUCUGGUUUACAACUCUCCCGAUCUUACUCGUUUCAGCGCUCCCCCCGGUCUGUCGUCUUCUUCAGCUUGGAGGCAGGGGAUCUUUCAUUUGUGGUGUUGAAUCCGUACAUAAAUGUUGUUAUUGCUAUCCCCUCUGGAAAAGCAUGCGGAAGACUUGCUUGUUGCCCCUUGCUGUCCUUUUUUUGUAUGGCUUAUCGCUUUUUAGUUUCUAGGCAGGCGCAGAAAAGCAAUCGGUUAUACCAUAUUUCAUCUACCUAUCUAAAU